CGCCGCCGAGGCUGCCUGGCUCAGCCCUGAAGGGGUGGGCUCCGGAAACGUUUGCUGGGGGCCCUGGUCCCCGCCCCCAACCUUGAAUGUGGGGGUCCGCGGUGCGAUCGGCAGGACAUGUAUUCCUCUGAGAAACUUUGGACAGCAGAUUUUGGUUUAAUAUCUGAUUGGGACAACAUACGGAGACAUUUCCAGUCAUGAAUUCAGACCAGGAUGUAGCACUCAAACUUGCCCAGGAACGAGCCGAAAUAGUCGCUAAAUAUGACAGAGGACGAGAAGGUGCAGAAAUUGAACCUUGGGAAGAUGCUGAUUACCUUGUUUACAAAGUCACAGAUAGAUUUGGUUUUCUACAUGAGCAGGAGCUCCCAAAUCAUAAUGCAGCUGUGGAACGGCAAAAGCACCUGGAAAUUGAAAGAACUACCAAAUGGUUGAAAAUGCUAAAAGGAUGGGAAAAGUACAAGAACACUGAAAAGUUUCAUAGGAGAAUUUACAAAGGAAUCCCACUCCAGCUCAGAGGUGAAGUCUGGGCUCUUCUUCUUGAGAUCCCUAAAAUGAAAGAAGAAACAAGAGACCUUUAUAGUAAAUUAAAACACAGAGCCCGGGGUUGUUCACCCGAUAUCAGACAAAUAGACCUGGACGUCAACCGCACCUUCAGGGACCAUAUUAUGUUCAGAGACAGAUACGGUGUUAAGCAACAAUCUUUGUUCCAUGUUCUUGCUGCAUAUUCUAUUUAUAAUACGGAAGUCGGGUACUGCCAGGGGAUGAGCCAGAUCACAGCUUUACUCCUCAUGUACAUGAACGAGGAAGACGCCUUCUGGGCCCUGGUCAAACUCUUCUCGGGUCCCAAACACGCCAUGCAUGGCUUUUUUGUCCAAGGUUUUCCUAAACUUUUGAGGUUUCAAGAACAUCAUGAAAAAAUACUGAAUAAAUUUCUGUCCAAGCUAAAGCAACACUUGGAUUCUCAAGAAAUCUACACAAGUUUUUAUACAAUGAAAUGGUUUUUUCAGUGUUUCCUGGAUCGUACUCCCUUUACACUAAACCUCAGAAUAUGGGAUAUCUACAUCUUUGAAGGAGAACGAAUUCUUACUGCUAUGUCUUACACAAUCUUAAAAUUACACAAAAAACAUCUAAUGAAACUCUCUAUGGAAGAGCUUGUAGAAUUUCUUCAGGAAACCCUGGCAAAGGAUUUCUUCUUCGAAGAUGAUUUUGUCAUAGAGCAGCUUCAAAUUUCCAUGGCAGAACUGAAGCGAGCGAAAUUAGACCUUCCAGAACCUGGUAAAGAAGAUGAAUAUCCGAAGAAACCUUUAGGGCAGCUUCCACCUGAAUUUCAGUCUGGUGGCACUCUUCACCUGAGCAACGGACAAAGAAGUAUUGGCAGGCCAAGUCCCCACAUAAGCAGCAGAAGAGAAAGUGGAUCAUCGCCCCACAAAAAACAUGAGCACUCCCCUCACCAUCAAAGCAGGACUGGCACACCAGAAAGAAUAAGACAUCCCCGCCGGAAGUCAGUGGAUGAGGGCAACGCGAAACUGAAAGAUGAGGCAGAUUUUCAAAGAAAAUUUUCAUCAGGUCCACAAGACAAUGCCAGGCAGUAUAAUCACGCAGCCGCUAACCAGAAUAGCAAUGCCACAUCAAAUGUCAAAAAGGAAUUUGUGCCCAAGUGGAAUAAACCGUCAGAAAUGUCGGCAAUGGAGAAAACCGCCAAAUAUGCCAUCGAUGGCAAAAAUAGAUCAGUGCACCCCACAUUUACAGUCACCACCUCAAGCUCUGCUGAUACUCGGAUGUCACAUGUGAGGCAAAAGAUUAAGGUUUUAGAUGCGGAUGAUGGAAAGCGUGGCUCGAAUGCAUCGCAGUAUGACAACGUGCCUGGAACCGAGCAUGAAAAUGGAGCUUCUGUUGAAGAAGCGCUAGAAAGGGCUAAUGCUCAAAAUCCCAGGAAUGCCCUUUACCCCAACAGUCCAAGGAAGCAUGCCGAACCAAGUUCUAGUCCGCCCAAAGUUCCCAACAAGUUUACUUUUAAAGUACAGCCUCCAAGUUAUUCAAGAUAUCCGUCCCAGUUCGAUGGGGAAGAUCGGGGCACAGUGCAUCCACCCUCCUACAGCAAUCCCCCCAUCUAUCAUGGAAAUUCUCCUAAACACCUCCCAACCAUGAACAGCAGCUUUAUGUCUCCACAGUUUAGCCCGGGGAUUCAAACGAAUCCUCCCAGGAGACCUCACGGUUCUACCCUUUCAAUUGAUAUUUCUCCGGAGAGGUCUUACAGCCGCCCACCUAUUGUACUACCAUCUAGUAGAAUAGAAGUCUUUCCUGUUGAUAUUGGUGCUGGGGGAUAUUCGGGCAAUUCAGGGUCACCAAAGAAUGGAAAAUUCAUCAUUCCUCCAGUGGAUUAUUUGCCAGAUAACAGAAAAUGGUCAGAGGUUAGUCAAACACACAGACCUGAGAUACACGGACAGUCCUGGACUCGAGAUGCUACCCGUAGCCACUUAAGCAGUUUACCAAAAUAUCCAGCCUUCCAACACAUACCCUUUCAGGACCAUAACCUUCCAGUGGUCUCAGUAGAUAGUCCAGUGCGGUAUAAAACUUCACCAGCUGCAGAAGAUGCUGGUCUAUCUGGGUAUCAGUACUCAGGGCCUUCGCCUCCAGCAUAUCACUACAGAAACCGGGAUGGGCUUUCUAUUCAAGAGUCAGUACUGCUGUGAGAAUUUGCACUUGCAAAAGAUAAGAGAAUGGAAACCAUACAAAACCCACAUGGCUAUGUUUAUAAUCGCCAAAGCAGUAUUUUAUACUAUUGUAAACAACUCGCACAAUUCUAAUGUAUGUUAGUAAUGAGAAUAUAUGGAAAUGUUUUCAUUCCCAAGUGGAUGCUGCUGAAGAUGAGCGAUUGAAUUGCAUCAUCACGGAACCUGUUCAAAAGAAUUUAACCUGGAAACAUAGCAAUAGCAUUGAGGGAUGCACACACCGUAUUAAUUCAUUAUUCACUUUCAUUUACGUCUUUCUCCAAAACCUGAUCAUUUUUACUUUGUUGGCCCAUUUUAUUUGGACUAAUGUUACAAAAUACUGAAAAACCUUAUAGAAUAGGUAUUUUUAAGGUUGUAUGUAGUGUAUGUGACUUUUAAGAGCUUUGAUAGGCAUCUGUGCACAUUUGAAAACAGAACUAAAGAAACAAUUUUUUUUUUGCAAAGUACUUUUAAUGUAGAUCUGUGGGUAAUAUAUUAUUCUUUUAAACCUGUCUUUCAGUCCAGUUUCGUCCCCUCCCAUUUUAACCCAGGUCAUAAGCUGACUGAAGAGUUUGCCCUGACUUUAUUACUGCAACAUCUCACAGGAUGCUUGUCAUUAUCUUUCAGUUGCUGCCAUUUUCUUUCAAUCAUAAAAUCAAAAGGCAUUGGAGAAAAAAGGCCAACCACUUAAUGGUGCUUAAAAGUCAGGGCAGUUAAAGUAAGUUUAUGGUCAACGGUGCAAUGUGCACUGCAUCCAUUUGCACCGAGACCGGUCUUAGUGCUUUUGGUGUCCUUGGCUCUGGGCUGACUCUUGCAGAGCUCAGAGCAGACUCUUCCUUGCCAGAUGCAAAGGGAAUGCUGCUGUAGGGCCCUCCGGUUGGAUGCACAGGAAGAGUGGCCAGUACCCAUCCAGUACAUAUGCCGGGCAGCAGAACCAAUAAACUAAAUGUUCAUUUGAGAGCAGAUUGAACACACUGGGUCUUACCCUAAAGGGCCUUGGGGGCCAUUUAUUUGAAUUUUUUCUGGCACUCUUCCUUUAAACAGUAUAGUCAAUGGAUGUCGCUACACUUAUGACCAUGACAUUGUCCGUGUUGAUAUUGUAAAAACAAGAUUCAGGUUAUUAAUGAGAGUCUAGAAUUUGGUCUUUCUAAAAAAAUAUAGUAUGACUUUGUACUUUCAAAAACCUUUUUAUUUUCUCUUUUAGUAAAAUUUAAAAAUUCAGGUUUAUGAAUAAAAAAUAGUAAUGUCUUUAAAAAUAUUCUAUUACACUACAGUUACCCAAACCAACAGUGUUUUGAGCACUCUAAGAAAGCAUGACUUUGUGUUUCAUUGGAGAGCUCAUUUUCACAUACAUCGCUCAGAUUGGAAUGAUCGAGAAUAGAAAACCUAGCAUCUAUGGUUCUUCCUGUUGCAGUUUGAGGCUUUAUACUUUCGAGGUACAAAAGUAUGUCUUAAUAUGAAAGUGACAUUUUUUAGCUAGUGAAUGUGACUAUUUUUUAUGUAUAUAAUGAGUCUAAUGUUAUUUUAAUCAACUUGGUAAUGAUGUUAUUAAAUGGUAAAACAAAUGCAGUGUAUUAAAGCUUAACACUACACUGAAGCUCAAACAAAAUCUUGAUAAAAUAACUGGGUUCUUGAUUUAGAUCAUGUGGAAGCUGAGAAAUAAAUGUAUAUAAAAAUGUA